CCCCUCCAACAACAAGUAAUUUUUUAUAUAAUCAGUUUAAUAGUAAGUUAAUGGACCUAAUUUGUGAUUUUUUAGAACUUACAACAACAAGUACAACUCCUUUCACAAGGCCUCCACCUCCACCUUCUCCUCCACCACCGCUACCCCCUCCACCACAGCCUCAUUUUCAGUCUUACAGAACAGCUCCAGUUGUUACUUACAAGUGCCGUCCACCUCCAAAUCCGUGUAUUCCGACAGAAGGCAUUUAUGGAACAGGCAAUUUCCCUCCUGCACCUCCUCCUCUUCCUCAACUUCCUCCACAGCCAGAGCAGUCAAUUACUUCACAAAAUUUAAUUCGGCCUCAACACAGUGGAGGAAAUUCUUUUAGACGAUUUAAUGGUGAAAUGAUUUGCAUUUUUGUUUUUAUUAUUUUAAUUUUUAAUUUAAUUUUUUAA